GCUUAUUUUGUUUCAUAGUUCUCAAAAGUGAUUGUGGACGAGUCGUGGUCUCUAUUCUCACGUUGGGCACAAAUCAAAGAUAUUUUCUUCCCACUUUUGUUUGAUUCUACCCAUUUGUGAUGUCAAUGAAUUCAAAUUGUUCUUAGAUUCUAUACUUUCCUUUAUUAAGGACUUAAAUACAAAAUCUCUUGCAACAAAACUUCAAUCUUCAAUUCAUCUCAUUCCCAAUCUUUCCCACAAAUCAAUUGGGCAACAAUUACAGUUCUUCAUAAUUCUAUAUUGUAGAUUUUGUGCCUCUUUAGUUAUCCUCCAAAUGGAAGAUGAAAUCAAAAGAAGUAGAAAAAUUGAAAAGUGUUCAACAAGCUACUCUUCGGAAUGGAGCUUGUGGCAACUUCUCGAUUCCCUAUUGCCAACAGGUGGUUUUGCACAUUCAUUCGGUCUCGAGGCUGGAAUACAAGCUCGUUUAGUCAAUGACCCUGAAGAUCUCGAAACUUUCGUGAUCCAAAUCUUGCAAAAUACCGGGAGCUUACUUCUCCCUUUUGUACAUGCUACUACCAUUUCACCUGAUAUAAAAACUUGGCAUAAGCUUGACAAAAUGUUGGAUGCAAUGCUAACGAACGAAGUCGCUCGCAAAGCUUCGACUGCCCAAGGCUCCGCACUCAUGAGAGUUGCGGCAGCCAUGUUUACUGAAUUGCCCACUUUGAAAGCCAUGAGAACGGAAUCAAUAGGUGGUCAUCAGGCUACUUCUUUCCACCAUGCUCCCAUAUUCGGACUCGUUUGUGGUCUUCUCGGGCUGUCGUCUGACAUCUCUCAGAGGGCUUACCUGUUCAUUACACUAAGAGAUGUAAUCUCUGCUGCAACAAGACUGAAUGUAAUAGGACCUCAAGGUGGGGCUGUUUUGCAGCAUAGGGUGGCUUCUAAGGCUGAGACGAUUUUGAAGAAGUGGAAAGAUCGUGAUGUUGAUGAUGCAUGCCAAACUGCACCUUUGAUUGAUGUUGUGCAAGGCUGCCAUGGCUACUUGUUCUCAAGAAUGUUCUGCUCUUAGAUGAAUUUAUUUUGUUCAAUGUAGUAAAAUGAUCUUGUUUUGGGUUGAUCUUAUUUUGAAUGUUGGUUAUGUAUAGCUUUUUGAUUGAUAAAUUAAGUAAAAUGUAUAUUUAUCCGAUUCAUUUUUGUUCGGCUAACAAUAUAUUUGGAUUAUUGGAUGGAAGAAUUUUGUA